AUGCAAUCCAGUGAGAUUGGGUAUGGCGACGAGCGGCCAGAGCCCCAGCCCUUCGCCUCUCAGGGUUCGCCAACCAAGGGCGACGACGCCGCGGAUGAGCCCCAGUACCCGACCGGCGCCCACCUCUGGCUGAUCAUUCUGUCCCUGUGCCUGUCGGUGUUUCUCGUCGCGCUUGACCAGACGAUCAUCGCGCCGGCCCUGGGGACCAUCACGACGCAGUUCAAUUCCCUGACGGAUGUCGGCUGGUAUGGCUCUGCCUACCUCCUGACGACCACGGCCCUGCAGCCGCUGUACGGCAAUAUCUACAGCCGCUUUGACGUCAAAUACACCUUCCUCGCCGGCGUCUUCUUGUUCGAGCUCGGCAGUCUGGUGUCUGCCGUGGCACCCACGUCCAAUGCCAUGAUCGUUGGGCGCGCCGUGUCCGGGCUGGGCACGGCGGGCAUCUUCUCGGGCUCCAUGGUCAUCCUCAGCUAUACGAUGCCGCUGCGGAAACGGCCGGUCAUGUUUGGCGUGUUUGGCGGAUUGUGGGGGAUCUCGUCGGUGGUGGGACCGUUGUUGGGCGGCGCCUUCACCGACCACGUUUCCUGGCGGUGGUGUUUCUACAUCAAUCUCCCCAUCGGGGGCGUCGCCAUGGUCGUCAUCUUCUUCUUCCUGCGCAUCACCCGUGCGGACAACCCGGCCGGCGAGUCGCUGGUGACGCGAAUCAAGCAGUUGGACCUGCUGGGGGCGCUGGUCCUGAUACCCGCGGUGACGAUGCUCCUGCUGGCCGUGCAGUGGGGGGGAGCCAAGUAUCCCUGGGGCGACUCGCGCAUCAUUGGGCUGCUGGUGGGCGCCGCCGUCACGACCCUCGUGUUCGCCGGGGUGGAGAUCUGGCAGCAGGACCAGGGCCUCCUGCCACCACGCUUCUUUCGGCAGCGGGACGUGCUGGCGGCGAUGAUGUUUGCCCUGUUUGUCGGUGCCUACUUCUAUCCGAUUGUGUACUAUAUCACCAUCUACUUUGAAGCGGUGCAAAACGACAGCGCUAUGACGGCGGGCAUCAAGCUCCUGCCCUUUCUCAUUUCGGUCGUUAUCACGUCCAUCCUGAGCGGCGUGGUGAUCUCGACGUCGGGCUGGUACAACCCGGUCAUCCUGGUCGAGACGGCCCUGCUGACGGCCGGCGCCGGGCUCGUCACCACCUUUGGCGUCCACACGCCGCUGCGCCAGUGGUUUGGGUACCAGGUGGUCGCCGGUCUCGGCACGGGCGUCCUCUUCCAGGCGGCGAUCCUCGUCGUGCAGAACGUGCUGCCGCCGGCGCUGAUCCCGCAGGCGACGGCUUGCGUCCAGUUCUUCCAGGCGCUGGGCGGCACCAUCUUCCUCGCCGUGGCGCAGACGGUCUUCCAGAACGGCAUCAUCGACACGGUGCGCCGGGACGCGCCGGGGGUCAACCCGCACAGCAUUAUCGACGGCGGGGCCUCGGACGUCCGGCAAAUUCUGGCGCGCAUGGGGCGAGCGGACGCGGUCGACGCGGUGAUUGGGGCCUACACGGUGGGCUUGCGUGAUACCUUCUAUCUGACGGCCGCGGCCGCCGGGUGCACGUUUCUGGUGACAUGGGUGUUUUCCUGGAAGCGGAUCCAAAAGGCCGUGGGGACGAGUGAGGCCGACGAGGCUGCGGUGAAAGGCGACGGCCUCGUUCCCGAAACUAAGGGUUAG